AGCUCCGUGCCGACGAGCUGACCCCCGCUCGGCCAGACAGCGUGUACUGCUCCGGUAGUCAUCGAGGAGCGACCGCGCCUAUAUAUAUAUAUAUAUAUUUAUAUGUGUGUGUGUGUGUGUUUGUGUGUAUAUGUGUAGAGACUGACGGGAAGCUGGACGACAACAAGCAACAUAAACAAGGUUUCCCUGAAUGUCGUGGCAUUUACAGUGCCAUGGACAGCAAAAGUAAUUACACACCCUGCAGAGCUAACACAGGAGCCUCUCCUGAACUGGAGAACAGAAAAUGACUCAGAGAAAUGGAAUCAGAGGGACGAGUGAUCGCAGCCUCCACUCCGAGGCCUCUGGGGACCUGGAGCCGGCAGGGGCCGGUAUGGAGAAAGUCCACGAGGCCAACGACGGUAUGGAGAAAGUCCACGAGGCCAACGACGGUGAAUCUGAGGAGGGGGCUCAGGGAAAUGAAUGCAGAGACUCCGCGCCUGUAACGGGAGCAGUCACAGCUCCAGAUGGCGGUUGGGGCUGGGUGGUGCUGGCCGCCACCAUCAUAGUCCUGGCUUUGACCCUGGCGUUCCCCUCCUGUGUGGGAAUCUUCUACACCGACCUGCAGAAUGAGUUCCACGCCUCCAACAGCGAGACCUCCUGGGUGCCGUCCAUCAUGACGUCAGUGCUUCACGCAGGAGGUCCCUUUUGUAGCGUGCUGGUGGAGAAACUUGGUUGCCGAGCGACGGUCAUGUUGGGCGGCGUCCUGAGUGGGCUGGGAAUGGCUGCCAGUUCAUUUACCCAGUCCAUCACACAGCUCUACAUCACAGCCGGUGUUAUCACAGGACUUGGUUUCUGCUUCAGCUUCCAGCCAGCGGUGACGAUCCUCGGACACUACUUUGUGCGUCGCCGUGCGUUCGCCAACGCGAUGUCGUCCACGGGCACAGCGCUGGGACUGUGCUUUCUGCCUUUCCUGGGUGACUAUCUCCACACAGAGCUGGGCUGGAGGGGAAGUUUCCUUGUUUUGGGGGCCGUCCUGUUGAACUGCUGCGUGUGCGGAGCAGUGAUGAGGCCCCUGCAGCCCCCCAAGCAUCGCGGCCAGCCGCUCAUGAACCACGGACCCCCUCCGCCCGAAGAGGAAACUGUGCGGACGGAAAACGGGAGGAUGAGAAGGAUAUGGAGCUCCUUGGGGGCUUCUCUGAGCAAACACAUGGCCUUUGAUCAGCUGUGCCACAACACACGUUACUGUGUGUACGCCAUAGGCAUCACCUGGAUGAUGCUUGGGUUCGUGGUGCCUUUAAUUUACCUGGUUCCCUACGCCACAGCUAACGACAUGGAGCAGAGCCGGGCCGCGCUGCUGCUCGGCAUCCUGGGUAUGGUUAACAUCGUGGUGCGGCCGCCCUUCGGCAUCCUCUUCAGCAUGUCAUGGUUCAAAGGGCGUCACAUUUACGUAUUUUCCGCUGCUUUGCUGGUCAACGGGCUCAGUAACAGCAUCUGCUGCAUCGGGCCCAGCUUCCCCGUGCUGCUGGCUUAUGUGGCGGUCUACGGGCUGUCCAUGAGCGUGGUGGGCUCCCUGAUGUUCACUGUCCUCAUGGAGAUUGUGGAGAUGAGCCGCUUCCCCUCAGCUCUAGGUCUGCUCGCCAUCAUGGAGAGCGUCACGCUGCUCAUCGGGCCUCCGCUGGCAGGAGUCCUGAUCGACAGAACAGGCCAGUACUUCCACGUCUUCUUUGCCUGCAGUGCCGUCGUUGCCUCCUCCGCUGUGUUCCUCAUGGUGUCAUUUUGCUGGCUGGAUAAAAGGGACAGCGAGUUAUCCAAGCAGGGUCAGCCCCCCGCUCGACCUGAACCAGCUGUUGACUUGGCUCCUGGCUGUCAGUACAUCAGCGUUCCCACAGAGGGAGACAAAGACAAGGCCUCGUCUAACGGGGCAGAGUACAGUGUAUGACCGGCCUCUGAGCCAGCUCUCACCGUGUGGCACUUUUAACACACAGCACGCUCCGGCUCAGACAGCUUUUGCGGAUUAUUUCCCCAUGUUUGGAUCGGCUUGUUCGGUGCCCCAGAUGUUGCCAAGUUUCUGCCAUCUGGUGCGCCAUUAAGGUCGAAACAAACAUGAAUAAUCUUGCACAGUUUAUCCAAAGUUAGACACUUGAUCCUACUUACCAAAAUGAAGAGAUGUGCACUUAGUAUCACAAAAUGCUGCUGAUCUUAUCUACGUGAUCACACAAGCUAUCCUAUAUCGUCUCUGUCGGAGCAGAAACCUUGUAUCUCCGUAUUCUGUCAUUUAAAUCUGUUUUCAUAAAUCGGUGGUAUUGGUCACCCUUUACAUAUUUUACAAAUAUUUCAACAGUGACGAGGCGAUUUUGUCUGACUUCGUCUGAGGUAAAUAGCUCAACAAAACGAUUUUAAAAUGAGCUUUUUUUUUCUGAAAAAGAACGGCUUUGGACAUACAAGGUUUUCACCCGACGGAGACAAUAUAAGGUAUCUCACUUCAUCAAGCCAAGUUACAUCAAUCAAUCAAUCAAUGUAUUUGUCACGUGAAAUCAUAUAAAAUACGAUUCCAGUGAAAUGUAAUCCUGUCAGUUGCUUCAAUUUAUGCGUUUAAACAGUCAAAAUGUUUGCUGGAGUGUUUAAUGUUGAUCUUACAGACACACCGAAUGAGUCUGAUUGGUUACUGUGGAACCAUACAGUAUAGGCCAAGUGAUUUUGAGGAAGAAAACAAGUAAACUGAGCAGUGAUAUAAAUAUAGGUAAAAUGAAAGUGAUGGUAAACACAGGGGAGUAGGAAGUGGCUCCUAGAGAGUGCUUAAUUAUCAAGAGUUAAAGGAUACGUCUAGUGUUAUUAUUCUAUAUUUUUCCUACCUGGCCUCAGACAUGAAGUGUGUAAAAUUAAUUUGUAGUAAUAUUGAUAUGUAUGCCUUGAAAACACAUUAAGGACUGAUAUAAUAGAGCUCUGAAUACUCCUCAACUUAGUGCCUCAACAUAUGCAAUAGUCGCCAUCAGGGUUCAAAAUUAGCCCAAAAAAACAAUGGUAAUCUAUUGAGUGGCUGGUAACAUUUCAACAUUUACUAGCCAUUUGGCUGGUGGAAAUUUUUUUUAAAUUUUGAACCCUGGUCACCAUCUUAAGUUCCUCAUCAGUAAUGGUUUUGUGUUUGGAUGCGCUCCAGAACCAGACUGGCACGGUGCCUGUUAGUGCCAGUUGAGCACAGUUUCCACUUUGUUUCAAUUCAGCAGACAAAGCAGCAGAUCUAGGGUGACCUGUAGGGUGACACCCGGUAGAGCGUGCGCCCCAUUUUUCGGCCGAGUCGUUGGCAGUGUCAAAUCCAAACCCAUGGCCCUUUGCUGCGUGUCAUCCCCCUUCCCCUUUACUGUCUGUCUAAACUAUAUUUAAUUUAAAAAGCCCCAGACAAAGCAGUAGAUCACAAAUAUAUAAUUUCAUUUUUUCAUGACCUCAGUAAGGAUGUAACGAUAAACUCAACUCGAACACGAUUUUUAAGUUUACAAUAAGAUUUUCUCAGGAUUUCUUUGAGCUGCAGACAACUGACUGAAAAAUAUUCCUUUGUUUCUAUAAACUGUGCAAAACCACAGACGUGUCCUCUUAUAAAAAGUGCAACUGAAAUUUUAUUAAAAAUAAAAAAAAUGAAAUGGGGAAAAAAAUAAAGAUUAGAUUUUAAAAACAAAUCCCACACCAAAAUAACUGAAAAAAUACAAAAGAAAUCUCUUCAAACAAAUUAACUAAGAAGACGUAGUGACAUCGGAAGUCAAACAAGUGAAAUCUAAAGUAGAUUACGCCCUAGGCCGUUUAAAAAUUGCACCACGAUUAAUUUGUUUAAAUCUUAACCGGUUGUAAUCCUUACACAUUUAUAUUGAUUGUUAACUGAUUCAUGAUGCAUCGUUACAUCCCUAGACCUUAGUAAUUUCCUAAAACAGCUGGACACCAAAUGCCACUCAAACAGGAGGAAAUAGCACAGAGGAAGAUACGAGAUAUAAUUGCUAGAAGAUGCAUUCACUGUUGGUCUUUUAAAAUAUAUAUAUAUGUAUAUGUUUUUUUAUUUUUUUUUGACAAUAGGACAAAUAUAAAAUAUCACUAGACUUAACCUUUAAUUAUCAAGUGUUACAGUAUGCCUUUAAUCUGUCACAAUAGGAUAUAGAAAAUGAUUGUGUUUUGACAUCUUUAAAGUAGGGGAAUGUAUUUUCAAUUUAUUGUGAAGACAUUGAACACAGCAUGCUGAUUAUCUUACACCAGUGUUGAUGAGUAUGUGCUGCUUUAGAUCAUUGUCAUUCACUGUCACAUGUACAAAAUGAAUAUAUGUUUAAGCGGUAAUUACUCAUGUUUUUAAAUGUUAACACGCUUUUUAUUCCUUAAUGGAACUGUGCCUUUUUUAUAGAACCGGUGUGUUUACAACCACAGGAUAAAAUCAAACCCUUUCAGGAAGACAGAAGCAGAAGAUUUCAUGUUGUGAAACAUUGAAUGAGAGGAAUAUUUUGAAGACACUGAGGAGUUUUAUGACACUGUAACUGAGUUUACCUUCAGUCCCAAUCAAAGAUUGUACUGUAUGUGACAGAUGUAUCUUUUGAUAAAUGAACAUGGAGACUAUUUUAUGUCAUAUGUGACUGAAAGUUAAAUACACAUUUCAGGUAUGAGCUGCAGUAAAUAAAAGUGUAACCAGAGGCUCCUUUCUGCAAUGAGAGGUUGUAUUAGCUGCUUUGGGCCAAAUGAUAAAGUUAUUAUAAAUGCUUGAUUUAUGUAUUAUGAUCAGAGGAAAAAUAAAUGUUUGAAUAUCAAAGUUA